AUGUCGUCGUCGUCGGCAUCAAAGAGUAGGGUUGUGAGGUUGAGGAGCGCAAACAAUGAAAUAUUUGAAGUAGAAGAAGCAAUUGUAGCACUGUCCGAGCCCAUCAAAAACCUCAUCGACGUCAUCGGUGUCAACCAUGUGAUACCAAUGCCCGACGUGAGGUCCAAAACCCUAGCCAUGGUGAUAGAGUGGUGCAAGUACCAUGCUGCUUCUGAUCAGGGCCCUAGAAGAAACACUAAAGAACUCAUCAAAGAGUGGGAGGAAGAGCUCGACCAAGCUGACGUCGUCAUUGAUCUCUUAUGCACUGCAAGCUUUCUCUGCAUCAAGGACUUGCAAGAUCAAAUGUUUCAAAGGGUUGCCGAUUUGAUUAAAGUGAAGACACUUGAGGAGAUUUGCGAAUUGUUUACCGUCAAAAACGAUUUUUCUUCCUAG